CGGCACAGGUCCUGGAGCCCAGGAGCAUCGGCUUCGGGAUGGUGGAUUCCAAGAAGGAUGCCAAACUUGCUAAAAAACUAGGCUUGGUUGAAGAGGGAAGUCUCUAUGUCUUUAAGGAGGAGCGGUUGAUCGAAUUUGAUGGGGAACUGGCCACGGAUGUCUUGGUGGAAUUCCUCUUGGAUCUGCUAGAAGACCCCGUGGAGAUCCUAAACAGCAAGCUGGAGCUUCAGGCCUUUGACCAAAUCGAUGAGGAAAUCAAACUCAUUGGCUACUUCAAAGGAGAAGACUCUGAACAUUACAAGGCAUUUGAAGAAGCCGCUGAACACUUCCAGCCGUACAUCAAGUUCUUUGCCACCUUCGACAAAGGGGUUGCCAAGAAGCUAGGUCUGAAGAUGAACGAGGUGGACUUCUAUGAACCGUUUAUGGAUGAGCCUGUUCACAUCCCCGAUAAGCCUUACACAGAAGAGGAGCUGGUUGAAUUUGUGAAGGAGCACAAAAGGGCCACCUUGAGGAAACUGCGCCCAGAGGACAUGUUUGAGACGUGGGAGGACGACAUGGAGGGAAUCCAUAUUGUGGCCUUCGCCGAAGAAGAUGACCCAGAUGGUUUUGAGUUCCUGGAAAUCCUGAAGCAGGUUGCCAGGGACAACACUGAUAAUCCCGACCUGAGCAUUGUCUGGAUUGACCCCGACGACUUUCCUCUGCUGAUCACUUAUUGGGAGAAGACCUUCAAGAUUGACCUGUUCAGACCACAGAUAGGGGUGGUGAACGUCACAGACGCUGACAGCAUCUGGAUGGAGAUCAGAGAUGACGAUGACCUGCCUACGGCCGAGGAGCUGGAGGACUGGAUAGAGGACGUGCUGUCUGGGAAGAUAAAUACCGAAGAUGAUGACGACGAUGAUGAUGAUGACGAUGAUGACGACGAUGACGAUGACGACGAUGAUGAUGACGAUGACGACGAUGACGACGAUGACGACGACUAACUAUGACUUUGUGCAGAGGCCUCCCCCCGCGGCAGGUCCCUCCAUUGGAAGACCUGUGUUUGAGCGUCAGCAAGCACCACUGCUCCUCUUUCCCCCCUGCCCCGCUCCCCCUGCCCCUGCUCUCGCUGGGACCCCCUGGCCUGAUUCUCAGUGGUGCUGAGCCACCAGGACUGCCCCUGCGGCGGGCAGUGCCUGCAGGCACCCAGCACCGCUGUAAAUCAUGCCUCCUUAGUAAGGGCAACAGGAAUCUGCAAGGAAUCUGCCCCCAGUGCCCCAGGGCGGGAGGAAAGUGCCUUCCUGCUCGCUGCCAGAGGGACACAGGGAGCCAAUUUAUAUUUUCCAUGCUCAUCAGCCCAGCACUUAACAUCUAAAGACCAAAUCUCAAGACAUAGGGAAGGCCAUUGUAAAGUUU